AUGUCUCUCUUCAGAACUUUCCCCGCUACCGGUGACUUCACCCCUCUCUUCCGCCUGCUGGACGACUACGAUCUCCACCGUUCCAGCCAGGGCGCUCCUGCUUCUGCGCGCACCUUUGCGCCUCGCUUCGAUGUCCGCGAAACCUCCGAUGGCUACCACCUUGAUGGCGAGCUGCCCGGCAUCGCCCAGAAGGACGUCGACAUUGAGUUCUCCGACCCCCAGACUCUCGUGAUCAAGGGUCGCAUCGAGCGCGAAUACCACUCCGACAACAACGACGAGGCUAAGCCCUCCACUCCCGUUGCGGAGAACAACAAGGAGGGCGAGAGCAGCGCCGUCACUCAGCCCGGUGACAAGCAGGUCUCCAAGAACAAGCCCAAGACCAAGCACCACUACUGGCACAGCGAGCGCUCCAUUGGCGAGUUUCACCGCACCUUCUCCUUCCCUACUCGCGUCAACCAGGACAAUGUGAAGGCUUCCCUAAAGAAUGGAGUCUUGUCCCUCUUCGUCCCUAAGGCCGCUGCUCCUGUCGCCAAGAAGAUUACCAUCGAGUAA